AUGGGCGUGUUAUUGUCACGGAUAUGGAGUUUCUUCCGUCCUGAGGGCACCAAGAUAGUGCUGGUGGGCCUGGACAAUGCGGGCAAGUCAACUAUCCUUUACCAGUUCGUGCUGAAUGAGGCGGUUCAAACCUCACCCACCAUUGGUAGUAACGUGGAGGAAUUCAAAUGGCGCAACCUCCACCUUGUUAUGUGGGAUCUGGGUGGGCAGGAGUCGUUGCGACCCACAUGGAGCACCUACUAUGCCGGCUCGGAGUUCGUCAUCCUCGUCAUCGACAGCACCGACCGCGACCGGCUCCCUAUCUCCAAGUCGGAGCUCUAUGCCAUUCUGGCGUCAGAGGACUUGCGCAAAGCGAAGAUCCUCAUCUUCGCCAACAAGCAGGAUGUCAUCGGUUGUAUGUCAGUGGCGGAGGUAGGACAUAAACUGAACCUCACCUCGAUCAAGGAUCAUCCUUGGCAUAUUCAAGCUUGCUCCUUACCCAAGGCCUGGAGUGGAUUGCCUCUCAGGCGGGCAAAUAACACCUUGGUUUACGUGAGCUGCUCAAAGCGCACUGCACACUCCAAGCCACGACGAUCCCAAUCAUCCGGUCAUCCAGUCGCGAUUCCUGAACGUGCUGAAGAAGUUAAUCCCAAAGCAUACCCUUUGGCCAGUCCGGAGUUAACCGGGAAGAUUAUUGAGUUGCUGAAACAAGCUGCGUCUUACAAGCAGCUCAAAAAGGGUGCCAAUGAGGCUACCAAGGCUCUGAAUCGUGGCAAGGCCGAGUUUGUCGUCAUGGCUGCGGACACAAACCCCAUUGAAAUUGUUCUUCACAUUCCUCUCGUCUGUGAAGACAAAAAUGUACCGUACAUUUUCAUCCCAUCUCAACAGGCUUUGGGUCGCGCCUGUGGCGUGUCCAGGCCGGUGAUCGCUGCUGUUGUGACUGACAGCGAGGGUUCGCAGUUGAAGCCGCUCGUCAGUAACAUCCAAAUGAGUAUUGAAAAGCUAUUGUUAUAA